UAUAAUAUUAUGCAAAAACCCAUCUAAACUAAGAUAGUCACUUUAGGGGAUUAUGCUGUGGGCAAAAGUAGUUUGAUUUAAAGAUUUACUAAAAAUGACUUUACUGAUACAAGAACUUAGACUGUGGGUGCUGAGUUUUCUCCUAAAUAACUUUUCAGAGAUGGUAGAUUAAUAGAAUUAUAGAUUUGGGAUACUGCAGGCUAAGAAGUUUAUAGAAGCAUAGCUAACCUUUAUUAUAAGGGUAUUUCAUAAUUGCUAUAAAAAAGAUGCACAUAUUGCUAUUAUUGUAUAUGAUGUAACAAAACCAAAAUCUUUUGAAGUCCUUAAAUUUUGGAUGGAAAAGUUAAGUGAAGAAGGAUUGGCAGACAUAAGUAUUUUUGAUUAGAUAUUCAUUUUUAGCCAAAUUCAUUAUAGCAAAUAAAAUUGAUUUAGAAUCAUAAGUACCCAUAGAGGAAGUUAGACAAUAUGCUAAUUCGUUUGAUCCGAAAAUUGAGAUAUUUGAAACUAGUUGCAAGCAGAAUAUUGGUGUUUUCGUAAUAUUUCUAUUUACUUUUAGGAAUUAUUCAAUCAUAUAGCCGAUUUAGUUAAUGAAAAAGAAAAAUUAUAAUAACUAAAUAAAAGAGAGGAGAAAUCAAAUAUCAAAAUUGGAGGUUCUGAAAAUAAGAGUGAUAUUGUAAAUUCAUGCUGUUGA